UGUUUUUUGCGGUUUUUUGCAUCUUGAUUCAUGCUGCGAUUGACGUCCUUUAUUCACAUCUUUCGACGGAGUAUGAGUUCUUCUACGGUGAAUGCGGGGCUGUAUCGUAAUGCACCGGUACAAAAUGUCAAGGCUGUACAUGACUUUCGAAGUGAUACAGUCACGAAACCUACCGCCGAAAUGCUCAAUGUCAUGAUGACGGCUGACGUCGGGGACGAUGUCUUUGAUGAAGACCCGACCAUCAAUGCCCUCCAGGAUCGUAUUGCAGAUAUGGCUGGUCACGAAGCUGCCUUGUUCUGUCCAACGGCAACCAUGACGAAUCAAAUUGCGGUGAGGACUCACCUUACGGCUCCUCCUUAUACUGUCCUCUGUGACCAUCGAGCCCAUAUUUUCAACUAUGAAGCAGCGGGGAUAUCCUUUCAUUGUGGCGCUGGUCUCGUCCCGGUUCAACCUGCACCCGGUCAAACCCAUCUGACCGCCUCCGUCAUUGAAAAACACCUUGUGCUCGAUGAUGAUGUCCAUCACGCCCCAACACGGGUGGUGUGUCUGGAAAAUACCUUACACGGCAUGAUUGUUCCAUUGGAGAACAUAAAAGAGAUUACAGCUCUAGCCCACAAGCAUGACUUGAAAACCCACCUUGAUGGCGCCAGGAUAUGGAACGCUUGUGUAGCGACCGGUAUUAGUCUGAAAGAGUAUUGCAGUCAUUUUGAUUCGAUUUCAAUGUGUUUUUCUAAAGGCCUUGGUGCACCGGUCGGGUCCGUACUGGUUGGCUCCAAACCUUUUAUAAAGAAAGCCAAGCAUUUUCGCAAGAUGUACGGGGGAGGAUGGCGCCAAGCUGGUAUCUUGGCCGCCGCAGGUCUCUACGCCCUCGACCACCACCUCCCCCUCCUAACCACCGACCACCAAAACGCACAGUACCUGGCCCAAACACUCCUGGACCUCAAUCUAGGCUUUUCCCUCCUCCAUCCCGUCGAAACCAACAUGGUCUGGCUUAACGCCCCUGUUCCUGCGGAUAUCCUUGCAGAAGUAUUGGCAAAAGAAGGUAUCCGUGUCUUUGGAGGAAGUGGAACGGAAAUGAGACUGGUGUUUCAUCAUCAGAUUACGAGGGAGGCUGUGGAUAAGUUUGUGAGAGUAUUGAAGCAGUUUUUUGAAAAGUAGAGCGUUUGUAUAUUUUAUUAUAGAAAGGAAACUUACGACACAACAUGCACGAGUGAUCAUGAAAAAAAAAACACAAGAUUCAUAACCACUCGUCAAAAAAAAAAGCAGGCACCCCAUUAUUAUUACUAUAUACAACGUUUUCGCAGAUUAGGUUAUAUACUGAAAGAAAAAAGAAAAAAAAUACCCAAUGUCCCUUCCCUCUG